AUGUGUGGUCAGGUUAUAUUGGAGAACAAGGACGGUAUUUCUGAUGGUUUGCCUCACUUAAUCUAUAUAUCCAGAGAGAAGAGGCCAGAGUAUCCACAUAAUUACAAAGCUGGAGCUAUGAAUGUUUUGACAAGGGUUUCUGGUUUGAUGAACAAUGCUCCCUUUAUGUUGAACGUAGACUGUGACAUGUUUGUGAACAAUCCGAAGAUUGUUCAACAUGCUAUGUGUAUUUUGAUGGAUUCUACAAGUAGGAAAGAGGUUGCUUUUGUUCAAUGUUUUCAGCAAUUCUAUGAUGGAGUAAAAGAUGACCCUUUAGGAAAUCAGUGGGUCACUGCAUUUGAGUACAUAAUUAGGGGCAUGGCAGGACUUCAAGGACCAAUCUAUGUAGGAACAAACACCUUCCAUAGAAGAAAUGUUAUUUACGGUCUUUAUCCUGAUGAAAUCCAAAAUGGGAGAAAAGGAUUAUCAGAAAAGAUACUAAUACAACAAUUUGGAAGUUCAAAGGAGUUUGUCAAAUCAGCAGCGCAAGCUUUGGAAGGGAGUGCAUCUAGUACUCCUAAUGAUAAUAGUCUUUCUAACUUCAUUGAAGCAGCAAUUGAAGUUGCUGAUUGUGGCUAUGAACAUAGCACUAGCUGGGGUAAACAGAUGGGGUGGUUAUAUGGAUCAGUGGCAGAGGAUGUGCCUACAGGGUUGAGCAUCCAUAGAAAAGGUUGGAGAUCAGAGUGUUGUACACCAGAUCCAGUUGCCUUUACAGGAUGUGCUCCUCGAGGGUUACCCUCUACUAUGAUGCAACAAAAGAGAUGGGCCACAGGCCACACUGCAUUGUUAUUUGGCAAGAAUUCACCUAUUAUGGGUACCCUCUUUGGCAAGAUCCAACUCAGGGCAUGCUUGUCCUAUUGUUGGCUCGCCACGUGGAGCUUGCGAUCUGUCUUUGAAGUUUCCUAUGCUGCUCUAAUUGCACAUUGCCUCAUUACCAACACCAGUAUCUUCCCUAAGGGACUUGGUCUGUGGAUUCCUGUUACUCUUUUUGUUGUCUACAACAUACAUACUCUAUUAGAGUAUGUAUCAACCGGGUUGUCCAUACGGUAUUGGUGGAACAAUCAGAGAAUGAGCAUUAUGAGAACCUCAACUUCAUGGUUUAUCGGAUUUUUUAGUGGCAUGCUUAACAUUGCGGGGAUAUCUGAUGCAGUCUUUGAAAUAACACAGAAGGAAACCUCAACUUCUGGUGCUGAUGGCGGUGAUGCAGAUGCAGGUAGGUUCACCUUCGACGAGUCUCCGGUUUUUGUGGCAGGCACAACCUUUUUACUGGUGCAGUUGGCAGCCCUUAUUAUAAAGUUUCUGGGGUUGAAUCCUAAAGGACCAGCUCAUAGUGGAAAUGAAUGUGGAAUGGGGGAGUUUAUCAGUAGUCUGUAUCUCAUAGUGUGUUAUUGGCCAUUUUUGAAAGGGUUGUUUGGCAAAGGAAAAUAUGGGAUUCCCUUCUCCACUAUAUGCAAGUCAGCAGCGCUAGCAUUUGCUUUUGUGCAUUUCUGUAGAAGUACUGUCAUGGGUUGA